AUGCGAGACUUUUACUCGGGAAGUUCACUUACUAUCGCCGCAUCAGAUGCAGUUGACGGGUAUACGGGAUGUUUCCCAGCCAGUUUCGAUGACAACGGCGGCUUGGACCCACCCGGUAUCUUUUUCACCACUAGCAACAUUAGAGACGGAGGGGGAUCCAUUGUACGAUUUCAGUCAGCAGAUAUCAGACGACUUACUGAAGAUGUAGUGCUCAACACCAGAGGUUGGGUGCUUCAAGAGAUGGUGCUUUCCAAUCGCAUUGUCCAUUGCAUGAAGUCCGGACUCUACUGGCAGUGUAGAUGUGCCUUUCAGACCGAAACAGGCCUGAAGCUUGAUCGAUCAGCUGUGAAUGAGAACUCGCUCGCCAUCCUACCACACGAUGCUCAGAUAAGGACGGAGACCAGUAAGAUAUGGUGGAACUGGAUGGAGAACUACACGCGACGGCACUUCACAUAUCCAAUAGAUAGGCUACCUGCCUUGACGGGGAUUACUCGGCAUUAUCAAGUUGCUACUAAGGAUGUUCCGAUCCUUGGUCUUUGGGAAAGCACCUUUUCUCAAGAUCUACUAUGGAGGAGAGAUACGAUGAUACCACCAGACGAGUUUGAGCCAAUCCCAAAUCCUAUACGAAAUGCUCCUUCUUGGACUUGGCUAUCAUUCCCACAUCAGAUUUCGUUCAAAUACUUAGACAGGGACAGUGAUGGCGAAAUUCAACAUCAUAUUGAACUUCUCGAUUGGGCAGUCAACUGGGACUCUGAGCCACUGACGUCCGGUAUCAAUUCCACUCGACUUAUUUUAAACGGGCCCGUUAGACAGUGCGUUCUAAGCGACAUAAGAAAACGGACAGUGUUCGAUACACCCUUCUUUGACCUUGGUGGAGAGGAAGAUCAAGCUCCCAAAUCUGCAGGCGACUUUGAUGGCGAAGUCCGAUCGAUUCCUACCAAAUAUUUGUACCAGACCUCGUGA